AUGUCGACUGAUUCCGAGUCGGAUUACUUUGAUGAUGACGACUUCGUAGUUCCAGGAACCCCCGAUGGACCCUCCCGCCCCGCAAAACGCCGUCGCAUCGAACAUCAGCGCGGGGAAGGGCGCGGAGAUCGCGAUGACGGGUCUUCGAUCGACUCAUUCUCUGAUAUGGAGGAUGAUGAAUUGCCAUCCCGGCGUCGAGAAUCACCUUCGGCUUUUGAAGAUUACCAGGAUCGCCCCAAAAACAAAAGCUAUGUGCUGAAACAUGCCACUGUUCAAAAUGACAUGUUCGUCACGCAACUCACCCAACCCUCCUCAAGCCCGGAACGAAUACGGGGCCCACGAUGGCAGAAGCCUGCCGUGAAACCUCCUCCGCCAAGAUUUGCAGCCGAAGCACAAGGUGGUGGGCAGGAAAGGGAUAUUCCCGACGAUGACGAGCUGAUGGCCGCUAUCGCAGCGUCCUUGGAUUCAUUCGAGGAGGAGAAAACAACCAGAGCAGCUUUUCAAGGACCGGGGCUGUCAAACAAUACUGCUCCGCAAAGGCUUGCCCCACCACAGAAGGCAAACACCCAUGGUCCGGUGGAUGUCGCUUUUGAGCUGGAGGACAUACCUGAAGGAGCAUUUGAUUCUUCACCAUUAUUGUCACCGGUAGCACAGCCAGUUCAGCCUGCAAUAUCGCGAAUUAAUCAACCUGCUGGUCCUAUUAGACAACCGCAUUUACGACAGAGCACCUUAUUCGGCAUGAUUGCUGAAAACCCCGAAGCUUCGGCACCGCGUGAGCAAGACUGGGGCCCUCCCCAGAAGAACGAACCACCAACCCAGCACAAACUUGUGAAAGAUGCAUUGAAUACCUGGGUAUACCCCACAAAUUUAGGGAAAACCCGUGAUUACCAGUUCAAUAUAACUCAGGCAGGCCUAUUUCACAAUUUACUUGUGGCCUUGCCGACGGGUCUGGGAAAGACAUUCAUAGCAGCUACAAUCAUGCUCAACUGGUUUCGCUGGACGAAAGACUCGCAGAUCAUUUUUGUAGCACCAACAAAACCCUUGGUCUCGCAGCAGGUAUCAGCUUGUUUGGAUAUUGCCGGAAUACCACGCUCGCAGUCGACCAUGCUGACAGGAGGAGCAUCACCGGGUAUUCGCGCCGAAGAAUGGAAAGCAAAGCGGGUGUUUUUCAUGACCCCUCAAACAUUGAUCAACGAUUUGAAGACCGGAAUCGCCGAUCCCAAGCGAGUCGUAUUGUUGGUUGUUGACGAAGCUCAUCGCGCGACGGGUGCAUAUGCCUACGUGGAGGUGGUCAAAUUUCUUCGACGCUUCAACAAGAGCUUUCGUGUGCUCGCGCUGACAGCAACCCCGGGCUCGACUGUUGAAUCGGUCCAAGCGGUCAUCGAUGGCCUGGACAUAGCACGAGUCGAAAUCCGUACGGAGAAUUCGAUUGACAUUCGUGACUAUGUUCACGCUCGCAAUAUCGAAAUCGAAAUAUUUGAGAACUCAGAUGAGAUGGUCUUCUGCAUGGACCUCAUGUCUGCAGCCCUGCAGCCCAUGCUCGACCAACUUCGGACCCUCAAUGCAUACUGGGGACGUGACCCAAUGGGUCUGACUGCGUAUGGGCUUACUGUGGCGAGGCAACAAUGGAUGCAGUCGGAAGUUGGUCGAAAUGCCAAUAUGGGGCUGAAGGGCAAAAUCAACGCUAUUUUCACUGUUCUUGCUAGCUUGGCCCAUGCCAUCGAUCUGCUCAAGUACCAUGGUAUUGUACCAUUCUAUCGCCAUGUCGCUCAUUUCAAAUCCAGCACCGAAGGACAGAAAGGCGGAGGCGGCAAGUACCAAAAGCAAAUUUUGCAGGAUGAGAAUUUCAAGAAACUGCUCAGUCACCUUGAACCAUGGAGCAAAAACCCGGAGUUCAUUGGCCAUCCAAAAUUGGAAUAUCUGAAGUCGGUGAUCUUGAAUCAUUUCAUGGACCGAGGCGAAGGAAAAGAGACGCCCGACGGCACUAGUCAACCCGCGACUCGCGUCAUGAUCUUCGUACAUUUCCGCGACAGUGCGGAAGAGGUCACAAGAGUGCUCAAAAGAUAUGGACCGAUGAUCCGGCCUCAUGUGUUUGUGGGUCAAUCAAGUGCGAAAGGCUCCGAAGGCAUGGACCAGAAGACACAGCUCAGGAUCAUUGAAGAUUUCAAGAAAGGCACAUACAACACCAUCGUGGCCACCUCGAUUGGCGAGGAAGGAUUGGAUAUUGGAGAAGUCGAUCUCAUUGUGUGCUACGACUCGUCGGCAUCGCCCAUCCGCAUGUUGCAGCGCAUGGGUCGAACCGGUCGUAAACGAGCCGGUAAUAUCACCUUGCUAUUAAUGAAAGGCAAAGAAGAAGACUCCUACAUCAAGGCCAAAGACAACUAUGAAAAAAUGCAACAAAUGAUCGCCAGUGGCUCCCGAUUCACAUUUCACGACGACCGUUCUGCUCGCAUCCUGCCCGCGGGCAUCCGCCCAGUACCCGAUAAACGACAAAUCGAGAUCCCCCCAGAGAACUCGCAACAAGAACUACCCGAGCCUAAGCGCAAAGGACGAGCACCGAAGCGACCCCCAAAGGUCUUUCAUAUGCCGGAUAAUGUGGAGACAGGAUUCACUCGAGCCUCAACCAUGGCUGGCGACAAAGUCCCAAAGAAAAAAGCCACUACCAAAAAGGCAGCUACCCCCAAAAAGAGACCCCGGACACCUACACCCGAGCCUGUGGACGUUCCGCUUCUGGAAGAUGUCUUUCUCAGCACGAGCGAGCAACAGGAGCUCGAACACCAUUACCAAAACGUCGGAGCCACAUCUCCGCAAUUCAUUCGAUUCCCUCGCAUCGAUGCCUUUCCGCGUUUGCAGCUGGUUGAAAGACCCACAAAGAACGUCAAGCACGGAUUGCUCACGCAGCGCAUGGUAAAAGCUUUGCGGAAGAUGGAUGAGGCUGGCCCUGACUGCGAUCGCCGAUUCAAAGAGAUCUUGGCCCGCGAACCCCUGUCGUUCGACGAGUCGAAUGAAAUGACUGAGAGUGCUACCGCAAAGAAGCCUCGGCGUAAGCAGAAAUCUUUGGAAACUCCACCUAGACCUCCUGUUCGACGAGGUCCUACAAAAGCCUCAAAUCCUGCUGGCAGGGAGGUCUUCUCUCUAGUGUCUCCAGACGGCAAGCCCGAGCAAAGCAAUGAUCCAUUUGAUUUUUUGGACGAUGACUUUGGUGAUGAUGGGUCUGACUUUGAAUUGAUGGAUGCUAGUCUUCUCUUCAGUAGUGGGUCAAAACCUAAAGCUCAGAAGCAGGGCAAAGCAAUCAAUGAAGAUAGUGAUGAGUGA